AAGUGGGCGGGGACAUUGUGGAAGCGACGGGCUGGCUCAGCAGCCAUUGAUGCGCUUUAUUUCUGUGAGGACGAACCGACAUUAAUUCUUGUAUAUUUGCGGUUUCCUGUCAGCUGGCGCCAUGGUCUCUCACUCCCUCGCCCUGCCGAUGAUCUGCUUCACCACGCUCUGGGCCCUGGUCGGCGUCGUGGCCCCGUUUUUAGUACCUAAAGGACCCAACCGGGGUGUGAUUGUUACCAGUCUCAUCCUCACAGCCGUCUGCUGUUACUUGUUUUGGUUGAUAGCCAUUCUGGCCCAAGCCAACCCUCUGUUUGGCCCCCAGCUGAAGAAUGAAACUAUAUGGUAUCUGCGCUACUUCUGGGAGUAAACCAGGACUGUGUGACGUGCUGCCGUUCCUAUCACGUGGUUGGCUGGACUUUAUUUUAACAUAACUCUUAACUGUUUUUUUUUGUUUUUUAUUUUGUUUGUCUUUUGCUUUUUUAACUGAUCCGAAUGUUUUCCAGUGAAGCUGUUAUCAUCUUUUAGGAGUAGAUAUUAAUCUUCCGUCUGUGAAAUGUGCAAUCUUUAGGCACUUUAGUUAAAUUUGUGUUUGUUUACAUAUUUGUGUCGCUGCCAUCAGGGAACAUUCAUUUUUCCGUAUUUGUAUUUAUUUUGACCCACGGACACUGAUGUAAGCGUGUUGUAAUUACCUCAGUGUCUGCACAGUCUUGUUAUAUAACUGUUAUUAUCUGUGAUGUAAUGGUGUGUGUGUGUGUGUGUGUGUGUGUGUGUGUGAGAGAGUGUGUGUGUGUGUGUGUGAAGAGUUCAUUACUGUAAGUGCUUGGACCGCGGCCAUGAGAAUCUCC